AAUAUAUAGAACGUAUAUAUAUAUAGAACAUAUCGGAACAUACAACAAUAACAACACGGUAAAAUAGCUCUUGUACGUCAUAUAAUGGGAAAGAACAUUAAUGAUUUAUAAAUUAUAUCGAAAAACAUUAAACUUGUGCAACAGAGAAUCCAUCCAGUGUUUGAGACACAAAAAAAUCAUAGAAGUGGAAGCAAAAUUGCAGCCGGAGCUGAAAGGAAAACCUCUGGCUGUUGUUCAGUACGGGAGCUUUGGUCCUAGCUCAAUAAUAGCUGUCAACUACGAAGCGAGAAAUUUUGGGGUGACUCGUCAUAUGAAGGGAGCCGAGGCCAAGGAGAAGUGUCCAGAUAUAAUUUUGGUAACCGUUCCGCCACUCAGAAAUAAACCAGACACCGGCAGGUACAGAUCAGCAGGCAGAGAAGUCAUUGAGGUAUUGAAAAAAAAAUCUGCAAUAAUUGAAAGAGCUAGUAUCGAUGAGGCUUACUUAGACAUUACGAGUCUCGUUGAAGAACGAAUGAAUUCAAUUGACCCAUCCCAAGUGAAUAUUGUCGAGGCCUUGUCCAACACUUUCGUCGUUGGAUAUUGCGAUGAUAAUAGUAAUGAUGAAGAGAAGAGAAAAAACGGCAUUGAAACAUGGAUGAGUGAAGUCUUUGGAGAUCUGGGAGAUGUUCAAUCGAAAAAAUUAGCAAUUGCUGGAAUGCUAGUUGAGGAAUUCAGGGGUGAGAUUUGGUCUCAGUGUCAGUAUCGAUGUUCAGCUGGUAUUUCAUACAAUAAGAUCUUAGCUAAACUAGCCUGUGGUCUUCACAAGCCGAAUAGACAGACAAUUUUGCCCGCAGCUGCUGUUCCUGGACUUUAUCAUUCCCUUCCUGUGAAGAAAGUUAGAAAUUUAGGAGGAAAAUUCGGGAAUAUUGUGGUGGAAUCUCUUGGGUGCAACGUCAUGGCCGAUCUUCUAAGGUACUCUCUACAAGAUCUUCAAAAACGUUUCGGUGAUAAAACUGGCUCAUGGUUAUACAAUAUUGCCAGAGGUAUUGAUAAUGAAACAGUUACCAACAAACUCAUCUGUAAAUCCAUUGGCUCUAGUAAGAAUUUCCCUGGAAAAGCAGCCAUCACAAAGCUGGAGGAUCUGAAGAAAUGGGUUGUUUCUCUCACUGAGGAGAUGGUCGAACGAUUGGAGCAGGAUAUGGAGGAGAAUGAAAGGCGUGCUACACACUUAUCACUAAGUUAUCACUGGUAUCAGGAUAAGAAGAUUAUUUCACAGUCAAAAAGUUGUCCAUUGACUUCGUAUAAAAUUGAUAGGAUUGCUAAUUUAUGCGUUGAUAUUAUUACCAAAGCGACGCAAAAGCCCGUUGCUUUUAUUGGAAUGUCAGCCGGAAAAUUUGUUGCUGCUAGAGGCAGUGGAAAUUUUGUUAAUUUCUUCAACAAUGGGGGAAGUAAACUCAAUGAAUUAAAAGUCAAGUCAAUCGAAGAUCCAUCUGAACUUAUUAAGUCUAAAAUAGUGGUAAAGGGCUCUGAUCUCCAACAGAUUGAAGAUAAUUCUUCCAACGCAAAGGUGAAUCCUUAUCAAGCGAGUCUAAAAACUUACGCUAGGAAAAAGAAGAUUGUUCAUCAUAAAGAAGAACAGAAAAACAACUUGAACAACUUCUUCAUCUCUAAACAGGAGACUAAUGAUAUUAAUAUUACAAUCCCUCAGGUGAUGGAUCAAAAGUCUAAUCUCCAGUUAAGUUUAGAUAUACCUAAGACCUUGGACGACGAUAAUUUCAAAAAUUCAUUUUUUAUGAAUGCCCUAAAAGACUCGGAAUCGCCAGCACCCGCUUUCAGUUUUGAUGGAUCAUCUCUUGACUACCAAAAUACUAAAAAACUUAUCAGUGUAGAAAUACUAAAGUCAAAUUCAGAUGAGAGUGAAAUUAAAUCUCCAGAUUUAUUCGAUGAUUGUGAACCUGAAGAGAAUCCAUCUACAAGCGAUAUGAAGAAUUAUGAAGAGCAGGAAGAGGAGAAAAUCAACUCAAAGGAGGAAGAUGAUGCUGUGGCCCAACUCAAAGAGAUUUUCCCUGACUUAGAUAAUAUUGAUACCUCAGUAUUACAGUUGUUACCCAUUGAACUUCAACGAGCAGCAAAUAAUUACCUAAAAUCGUCGAAAAUUUCAAGUUUACCAAGCAGUAGUAAUAAAAAAGAGACAAAAAUUAUCACAAAAAAUAAAGCAACCAAAUCCAAGGGGAGUUCCACGAAAGUCUCUCAUAAAAAUGGAAUCAUUAUGAAUUUCUUUGUCAACAACUCAUCGAACUUCAGUGACGUGUCUUCAAAGAAGCAGUGUCCUGAGUGCAGUCAAAUGAUAAUUGCCAGUAAAUUUCAAGAGCACUGUGAUUUUCAUGUUGCGGAAAAUCUACAAAGAAUGAUUAAUCAUUCUACCCAGAGAGAUUCGGGAAAUUCGACGGGGGGUAAUCAUGAAUUAUCACAUUCACAAUAUCCAGGCAUUAAACGAAAACUCAGUAUUGAAACUCCCCCGCCCAGCAAAAAAUCUCGGAAUAUCCAAUCUUUCUUUACAUGAAUGCUGGAGAACCAGUGCGAAGGCAUCCGAAAUAAAAAUUCAAUUUUUGUCAUAUGUACAUGUACAGUAUUGAUGCAGAUGGAGAGGUAUAAACGAAUAAAAGAAAUCAUGUUGAAUAUUCUGAUGUA